AUGGUUAAAAUCAGCUUUGCAGAUAAGAAAGCCUACGGAGUUAGACUGGGGAAAUUUUUGUCGAAGGAACUGAGGAAAAGAAUCCCACCGGGAAUUAACGCACGAGAUGCUAGACCUGACCCGGACGUGGAGCUAGACCUGGCAGGGAAGGCGCUCACUGACGAUGGGCUUUCUGUAUUUAUUGAUGACCUCGUCCAGUGCAUGAGUUAUCGUGAUAAGGAUUAUCCAAAGGGGACAGUUCGACUCACUGAGCUCUGCCUGAGUGGCAAUAACUUGACGGUCAUGUCCCUCAUGAAGCUGAGUGAGGUUAUAUUCAUCGGUAUCACGUCGCUAACCAAAGUGGAUAUCUCAAACAACAGCAUUCGAGUUAACAACGAAUAUGAGCGAAGAGCAUUGAGUGCAUUUUUGAACGCAUUCCGCUAUAGCUGCCUCGUCAAGAAAAUUGAUUUUAGUGGAAAUCACCUGGAAAAUGCCGGGUUCGACGUUUUGUCGUGCAUGUACUUCAAAGGCGGUUACCAUUCCAGCAACUUUUCCCUUGUUGCUAAGAUAGUCGAGUCGAGCGCUGAACAGGCUGAAUCUGCAAAUGAGUUGGAAUUUUAUGCCCGCAAAAGAGGUCUUCGGUCAAUUCCCUACCUCAUAUUCUCUAAUACAUGCAACUCCCCGCUCUGCGCGUACCACCUCUGGAAUAUCGUCACGGCUCAUGAGUCUGCGAGAGCACUUCUCGAGUUUCUUCCGGCUGGAAAGGAUAUGGCUCCCCCAGGCCUUGAAGGCAGAGAUUCAGGAAUCGUGUGUACUCCGAACAAAGGCCUAUCGCCUCUUUGUCAAGCAUAUUUGGAGCUUGGGAAAGAGAUCCACAAUAUUACGAGAGCUGACAAGGGGAUUGGUGCCAUCGACCAGCAAGUAGGAACCAUGGAAGAUCGUGAGCGGACUGUAACCGAGCUAGAGAUCCUCAAAAUGAAGAAGAUCGAAAUGGAAAGAGUGCAAAAGCGAAUCAUCAUCUCUGCAUUGGAGUCAUUUGGUAUUCACAGCGUCAGGCUGUGGACUACCACAUUCAGGCUGCUGGUUGCUGCACGUGCUAUUUUGCUUGACGAGAGAAACCGACCUCAAGAAUCAGCUCUUUGGAACAGUGAUGAAAACUUGGGACCACUGUUGAAAGCCCGCAUUAAUUAUCAGACUUCUCUGACAUCAAGAAUCUGGGCCUUGAAGCUUUCCAGCGAGCCACAUAUUCCGCAGGGUUCCAUGGGGUUUCCAACCAGUCUUUUCCAGCGACAGUCAUACGCCAAUCGUUUCAGCCACAAUACCAAUCUGCGGCUUAAAGCUGUGUAUAAGUCACCCUACCGCUUCGGCUUGCCAAUAUAUGUCUGGAGAGAUAUCUUAGCCAUGGCUUUCGAUGAACUGGAAAUCUUGGGAAGAGAACAACAGGUCCGUGUAGUUGAAUAUGCCAGUGACUGGACUGGCAUCGAGCAGCAGAUUGCUCUUCAAGGCGCGCGUGAGAGCGAGCAGAUCUGGAGGAUUUUGAACACCGUCGACUGCCUUGUUUACACCUUCGAGUGA